AUGUUGACAUCUUCGCUGCUUCUGCUUGCCUCAUUCGGCAGCUUCGUCCAGUCCGCUACCUUGGAGGAGCUCUAUCUCCAAAAUGCGCCCUCUUCCCCACGACCCUAUGUCAUUCCGCAUUACGCAAACUCGCAUGCCGUCACCGUUGGGGAUCAGCUGUACCGCUUCACAGUGACUGGCCCUUCUUCAGAUAAUGCGUUCACUCUGAUGAGCACCAACGCCCCAUCCAGCGGAGCACUGGGUGUGUUCCCGCACAUGCACCAGAAGCAUUCUGAGAAUUUCUUCAAUUUGAAGGGCCGGUUCCAGCUCUGGGCGCAGAAGGGCAAAAAGGAGCAACAAGCUCGCCUGUUGACAGCGGGUGACUAUGGGUCGGUCCCUAGGAACACGACCCACACCUUCCAGAUUCUAGACCCUGACACCGAAAUGGUUGGCAUCAUUGUUCCUGGCGGCUUUGAGGAACUCUUCUAUGCCAUUGGAACCAAUUAUACCUCGGCCACCGAUACCCCUUUUGUUCCCGCUGUUUCCAAUGGCACUUCGUCACCCGACCCCGGUAUGAUGCCUGCUUUGCAGAAGUUCGACGUCUACGCCCAGCUUGACUUCGAGCCCCGUCGCGAUCUGGUCAACGGCAGCGCUCCUGAUGACUCGAAGUGGCACGCUGGUGAUGAUGCUCUCCGUGGCUCUGGCAAGCCAUACUUUGUUGCGAAUGGAUACGGUCCCAAGUACCUGAGCUCCAAGUAUGGGUACCAGGUCAUCCAGCCUCUGGUCACUAAGCAGUCCCAGGAUGCCAACUACACUCUUUCGACCAUCUCGCUCAGUCGCCAGACCAAGACGAAUACGCCCACAUAUAUAUUGCUUGGAGCUGCUGCUUUUGAGGUUGUGGAGGGCGUGCUCAUGAUUCAGAUUGGAGAUUACCCUGUGGCGGCCUUGUACACCGGCGAUGUGGCUUUCAUCCCGGUUGGUGUGGCUUUCAAGUAUUAUACCGAGGUGGCCUUCACCAAAGUGCUGUAUGUUAGCAGCGGUAGCAAUGGUGUGGAUUCGCAGUUGAUCAGGGGUGGGAAGAAGUGGAAAUUUGCUACUUUCCCGAGAUACUAA